UUUAGUAUGCAAACUAAUUUGAAUAAAAGCUUUGAUGCACUAGGUGCUGAUGUCUUUCAGGCUCUGUUAAAGUGCAAAGUGGAAAAACUGAUUUUUCGUCGCUCGUUUAUGAUGUGUGGUGCUCUAUAAGUGGGUCAGAAUGUCAGCUCUAGAGUCCAUGCUGUGGCUGCAGGAGUUAAGUGAUUUGCUCUACUGCACUUGUAACUUGUCGGAAUAAAUCAGACAUAAACUGACAUGUAGGAGUUUCUUGCGGAUAUCAAAGAGUAAUGUUUCAGCUUGUUAGUAUUGCAACAUUUCAUUUCAAUGAAUUAACGAUCAUAUUGAAUCCUCUGAUUUCUUCUCAAGAAUCAGCUUGUUACGACACUGUCAAAAAAUGAGAUAAUCAUGAACUGCGAGAGGUGACGUUUACUUAAUCAUUGGACUCGUCAGUACACUCGUACUCGGAACGAAGAUUAGUCGCGAGAAUGGCAAAUCUACUGAAGAAACUAGUGAUUACUUGUGUAUUACUUGGCCAUCAAAUAAUUUCAUCGCAAGAAUCCGUGCCAUGUUUGACGGAUGAAGCUAAACCCGGAAGUUGCGUUGAUAUCGAUCAUUGUCCAUUUUUACGAGAGUUGGCUCAAGCUACAAUACUGUCCACCCAAGAACGGGCUUUAUUGAAUAGACGAGUGUGUGGCCCGCGAAAGGUUUGCUGUGAAGAACCCUCCGGUGUUACUUUAAAUCUUCCAACUUCGAGUACUCCAGCAAGUGAGAUAAGAGUACCGAUCGUCGCUGCUAGGACUGCUCCUAGCAGCAAAAUGAAUCUACCUGAUACGACUGUUUGUGGACUUGAUAGCCUAGGCGACAGGAUCUUCGGUGGCAAUAAAACCGAAAUAGACCAGUUUCCAUGGACAGUUGCCCUCGAGUACAGAAAUAAGAAUCCUCCGAGCGUUAAUUGUGGCGGUUCGCUAAUCAACACACGUUAUGUCAUUACCGCUGCUCAUUGCGUGCAACAUGUUCGAAAAGAAGAUUUAAUUGCACGACUUGGUGAAUAUGAUCUAGAAUCUGACCCGGAUUGCGACGGGCCAGAUAACUGUAAUCCGAAAGUAGUUAACGCACAGAUUGCAGAAAUUAAAAUUCAUUUCCAAUUCCGAAACAAGCAGAACGAUAUUGCUUUGUUAAAAUUACAAAAUGCUCUUCCUGAAGAUUAUUACGAUUAUUUCCUACCUAUUUGUCUUCCGCAAUCUGCUGAACUCGAGGAGAAUUUGUUCAUUGAACGAAAUGUAACUGUGGUAGGAUGGGGUAGCAUCGGAAAUGAAACCCGAAGUCGCUUGAAAAUGCAAACCGAUCUGGUAACGACCAGUGUGGAAGAGUGCCAAAACGAUUUCCAACUAGCAUUAGUCCACCAAAAAGUGCACCCAAAUCAUAUCUGCGCUAAGUCGGCCACCGAAUUGAAACGGGGCACGUGCAGAGGAGAUUCCGGAGGACCAUUGAUGACUUCGGUGAACGGCAAUUGGUUCUUGAUUGGGGUUGUAAGCUUGGGACCACCGUGCGGAAAAUCAACUCUGCCGGGUGUUUACACCAGGGUGACCAGUCACAUGAGCUGGAUCGAAGAAAAUUUGGUAAAUUGAAGACUUUUGGUUAACCAGUGUAACUCAAAGUAAUAAUAAAACCUUCUAAGGAAA